AAAUAUCACCACAUCAUUUGACUCAGUGACAAAUUCACUUCUCAACUCUUGAUCUUCCUUUCAGUGCCAAAAAAAAAAAAGAUGUCUGUAACUUUACUACAACAAAGUUUCCUAAUUAGUCCUCUUUCUUCUUCAACAUACAAACCGAGAAAAAAUGCCACUUUCUUUCCUGUACAUAGCACUAAAAUCUUGUGCAAACACAGCCCUGAUGACUCGCAAGACUCUUUAAGGAAAAGUGAAAAUAAAUUUGCUAAGUUGGCAUUAGUUGCAGUGGCAGCUGGUGCUUUGGCACUGGGCUCAGUGGAUGCAGCAUCAGCUGCUAAGAGUGGUGGGAGAGUUGGUGGUCAGGCUUUUCGAUCAUCGGCUCCUCGUUCUUCGUCGCCAAGAAUCAAUAAUUCAAGAACAAAUAUCUAUGUGAAUCCACCAGUUGCUCCUCCUCUAGUUGGUGGAUAUGGGUAUGGUGUUCCGUUCUAUGGUGGAUGGGGCUGGUCACCGUUCUCGUUCUUCGCACCAGGCCCCGGAGUUGCGGUUGGCGUUGGAGGUGGAUUCGAUACACUGGUGCUCUUCUUGGUUCUUGGUGCUGUUGCUGCUGUUAUUAGGAGGGUCUUUGGGUCAUCAAGAGAUGAAGAUGAGUACUAGUACAUGUUCAUCACAAGUGACUGCUGAUACUCAGCACUGUCAUCUAGCCAUAGUAUACAUAAUUAAUCUUAUGUAUUUGGCGAAAGUUAUCGAGUUAGGAGUUAGACCUCUGCAAAAGAAAUUUGGGCAAUGAAGCUUUUUGUUAAAUUCCUGGAAGGGGAUGUUCGUGACUUGUACAGCAUCCCCUAUGUAGGGAUUUUGACAAAAUCUAGGCCUCAUUUUCUUUUUGAAGUUAGUUCCUCUUAUGAUAAUUUUUCCUAUGUUUCUAUGUAAAUUUAUCUGCAGUAUGUUUUAGUAAAGCAAUCUUGUAUAUUCUUGUCACAGCUAAGUAUCUCCAUUUGAUAAAACCCUGUUGUAUGGUUGUCA